UAAGAAAAAUGGCGUUCUUUUAGCUGUAAGUGGACUGCUGCUAAAAAUGUAUGGAUAAUGACAAUAAAAGUUAGCAAACGUGUCCUUGCCGAAAACAUGCUAAAGUUUUCGGCGUUUGCCAUCGCGAUCGUCAUUUUGCUUACAAUAUUCUAAUAAAUUCUAUUUUCGGCCAAAAUACCCUAUUGGUUUGGUUUUAGUUAAGUUUGGGGUUUUUUUUUUGCGUUUCUCUUUAGAAACAAGUUAAUUUUUUAAAAUGUUGAAGUUAUUUUUUAUUAGAACUUAAUUAACAGUUAUUUUAUAAUCAUACAUCAUGUCCGACCCUACGAUACAAACAUUCUGCUGCCAUCAUACCGGCAACAAAGAAGACCUAGCUGUGAAAAUCAUGAGUGAAUUUAAUACUGAUUCCUACAAUACUGUAUGUUUAGUAUCAUCUGCUGUUGGUAUGUUAGGAGCUAUGUACCAGGUGAUACCGACCCUUAUUCAUAAAGGUUUGCAGCGCUCUACAGGUUCUACAAGAGGGAGACGGACUAUUAUUUGGUUAGCCAUAGCAGAUUUACUGGCCUCUUUUGGUGUCUUGGUUCGUUCCUCUCUCUGGUUAAGGUUUAAAAAUAUCAUGCCUAUGCCUGAUGAUGACGUUAGUGUUCUAUUUUGCAGCAUAAUUUCUGCCUGGACACAAUACUUCUACACUGCUACUUGGUUCUGGACAUUAUUCUAUGCUGUAGACACUUGGCUCAUAAUAAAAGGUCGUGAUUCACAUCCUACUCUGUAUCACUCGUUGGCAUGGGGCAUACCAGCUGCAACAACAAGCAUAGGAUUGUCUAUUCUCUAUAUUCCUAAUGCUACGUGCCAUAAUUUGACUUCUGUUACAAGUGCACUAUACAAAAUAUUGCCUAAUUACUGUGCCACUUAUGUUCCAAUAUCUAUAGUAAUGAUAGUUAACCCAGUUAUGUAUAUGUUGUCAAGUAAGAAUGUGGAGAUGGCAGUAUCUUUACCAUUGGCUCAGUUCACAAGCAAAGAAAGAAGGGUAGUUGAUACUUUACGAGUGAAGUUCCUAUUUAUAAAUGUAGUGUUCUAUGUAUGUUGGCUACCCAAUCUUAUUAACGGUAUAUUAUUGUGGACAAUGUGGUUUAAUAUGCCAGUCAAAGUUAUUAUUGUCAUAUGGUAUAUUAUGGCAUUAUUGAACCCCAUGCAAGCACUACUGAAUGCUCUGGUUUACCGAAAAUGGAGUUUUCACAGUCGAAGUCUAGAAUCCAACUUAUUGAAAGACUCUGGGAAAGAGUUUAAUUUUUAUGAUGAACAAUCACCUCUUCUCGGGUCCGAACCACCUCGAUUGCAUAUGACGCCAAUUCCUCCCAGCAUAAAUAAUUAUGCUACUUUGUAAAAUCGAUAUUUAUAUGUAGGCUUAUAUUAAUUAAUCUAAGUAUGUGGGUAUUGUCGCCUAAAAUUUUAAAAGGUUUGUAUCAAAGGCCAGAUUAACUUUUAUAGUGCGUCACACUAUAAGAAACGAGCACCUAAGAAACAGCGAAAAAUAAUAAAUUAGUCAGUCUGUGAUACUUGAAAAAUAAAAUCCGAUUGAAAGACAUACAAUAGAAACAAG